AGUGUUUUUUUUUUUUUUUUAAUAAUAGUUUUCUUUUUGCUGCCGCACUCUCUGUGUUCGUAGUUCCUGAUCAAUCCCUGUCUACAACUCAGAUCGCUUAAUUUCCCUCCAUAUAGACAUACAUUUAUCUAUUAGGGUUUUGAUUUGUGCUCUCUUCCAUCUCUGGCAUUUCGGCUUCUCAUGGUCGGAUGUUAUGUUUUGUACGCACCUUUACCUUGAAUUGUUUCCCCAGGAAUAUUUUGGCAAGCAAUUGAGGUAAGAUGGUGAACCCAGAUGCAAAUCAGCUUCCUGAAGUGGAUUCAUUGCCAGAUGGGUUUGUUGAGGGCUCCACAGAACCACUGGCUCCUCCAACUCCAACAGUUGAACAAGAGAAACCACGUGGAGAUUACAAGGAGGGUAGUUUCUCAGAAAUUGAUCAUUCGGAUGAGUUGGCUGCAAAUGAGUUUCAAACAAGCCCAGUUAGUGAAGAGAAGACCCAAAAACUUCGGACUUUUCCAGUUCCGUUGUCUGAAACAGAUAGUUUCGAUGCUUCCGAGCAGACAGAAGGUUCACAGGGAUCUCAAGACGCAUCAACUGUUUCCGAGGCUUCAGUUGGGGUAGCCAGAUGCUGCAAGGUAAAAGAACAAGUUCAAGCAGAUUGUCAAAGUUCGGAGAGAUCUACUGAGGGUGGCUCAGAAGCAUCAGAAACCCAUUUGAAGGAUAUAUCUUCACCAGGGAGUGCUGAUAAUGCGAAAAAUAGAAAACCAGAAACCACUGAAGCGAAAUGUAGGAGUGCAAAGCGGACGUUCAGAUCAGAAAAGGAGUUUUUAGAGUUCACUCUGAAGUAUCAACAAGUUCUAGCAGAAAAAGAUGCUGCCAUUACUGUGCGAGAUAAGCUUGAAUCACUAUGUAGGGAAUUACAGCGCCAGAACAAAAUGCUAAUGGAUGAAUGCAAACGAGCAUCCAUGGAAGGGCAAAACCUGAGAUUAGAUUUAUCAGCCAAGUUCCAAGAUGCGAUAAAGGAUGUGAGCAAUAAGCUAGAAGAGCAAAAGGAUGAAAGUCUCUCUCAGCUAAAGGAGAAUGAGAUGCUAAGAAAUAAGCUAAAGGAGCUAGUUGAUCAGUACACUAUUUCAGAGCAGCAAUUUUCACAGAAGAUAAAGCAGAAAACACUGGAACUUCAGAUUGCUGAUCUGAAAAUUAAGCAACAUGAAGAGAAAUUGGUCCAGGAACAGUCCCGGAUGAAGUUAUAUGCAGAACAGGUGUCACAAUUAUUGGCUACUGAAAAGAAUUUGCGCUCACAGUUGACAGCUGAUGGAGAAAAAUUCCAACAAUUUCAGGAUGCUUUGUUAAAGAGCAAUGAGGUUUUUGAAACAUUCAAACAGGAGAUUGAGAAGAUGGCAAAAUCAAUCAAGGAACUCAGGAAGGAAAAUUCAUUCCUGAAGAGCAAAAGUGAGAAAUCUGACGUUACUCUUAUAGAACUUGUCGAUGAGCGGGAGCGCAUGAAAAAACAGUUGGAGAAAACGAAAAAUCAGAAAGAAAAGCUGGAAUCAUUGUGCCGAUCACUUCAAGCAGAAAGGAAACAGAGUUCCAUUGAGGUCAAAAGUUCAGAAUGAUUUCCAGUAUGAAUGCCGGAAAAGUUGAACUAAGAGGUUCAAAAAUUAUUUGGGAAUGACUAUUUAUAAUUUCAUACCCAUGUGUUGUUUAAGCUGUGGCUCCUUGUCAAAGAACAGCAUAAAAAGAUAACAGUUAUCUUGUGAGUGUAACUGUACGGAAUUCCUUUAUUAAAAAAAAAAAACCUGUUACAUUAUUGAGAGUUCUAAUUGUAUUGGCCUUUCUAUGUAGCCUUAAAUAUAUGAACUUCAAAGUUGAGUUAGAACAUCAA